UGUACGUCAUUGGAUGGCGCGUUGUGAGUGUCCACCUUGUUGAGAUUUUGGAUAAAUAGACUGGUUGCUUUAAAGUGUUGUUUUCCUCCCCGACUGCCGAUUUUAAUAAAUGAAGAAGUGACAAACAGCAGUAAAAUGUGGAUCCUGACACCCCUGCAGCCUGGAGGUGAGACCCACUAUCUCCUCGCCAGGAAAGAGUACGUGGUGGGGCGCAAGAACUGUGACAUCCUUCUUACCAAUGACCAGUCCAUCAGCAGGGCUCACGCUCACCUUACUGCUACUGACCAGAUCCUGACUUUGAAAGACACCUCCAAGUAUGGCACUUUUGUCAACAGCCAACGUCUGACAGACAACACACCAGUGAACCUGAAGUCUGGGGACAGUGUGACAUUUGGGGCUUUUAACAGCAAAUUCAGUGUGGACCAUCAGAAGCCAGUGGUGUGUUCAUCAUGUUUGGACAACGAUGGCAAGGCAUCGCUUUCUCAGGCCCUGCUGGCUUUGGGUGGAAAGCUGGUCAACACAUGGACUGAGGAUUGCACCCACUUGGCCAUGCCUUCUGUUAAAGUCACCAUCAAGACUAUCUCUGCUCUGCUGUGCUGCCGUCCCAUCGUGAAGCCAGAGUUCUUUUCAGAGCUCCACAACGCCGUUCAGCAAAAACUGCCACCUCCAAAACCAGAGAGUUUCAUCCCUGAGAUUGAUGAGCCCAGCUUGAGUAAAGAAGACGUUAAUCUCAAAGUGAUUCCAGGUCGCAAACAUCUUUUCACUGAAAAGACCUUCAUAUUCCUCAGUGCCAAACAGCUGAAGCGUCUGAGUGCAGCAGUGAGUUUUGGAAGGGGCAAGAGCCAGCUGCUGGAGGAGGGCUCCCUGCCCCGGGACCUGCUGGAGUCUCCACAGAGCUGUGUGGUCGAUGUGAUGACGGGCAGCUCCCAACCUCUGCUUUCAUCCUCUGCCACAGAUUGGGCAAACUCUGUGAAGAACAUCGUUGAAAGAAAAGGCCUGCGGGUCAUCCCAGAGUCUGAAAUAGGUUUGGCAGCCAUCUAUGCUUCCUGUGACAAAUACUGCAAUCCGUCCAGUGUAAUGCCAGAUUCAGAGUCAGCACCAAAAGUGAAACCCAGAAUCCCAAGUGCUUCGCUGUCACAGAGCGUAGCAGUGGAUGAGACCGUGUUACCUGCAGCGUCUCAAAACAUCACAGCAUACGCAGCGAACACAGAGCCGUCAGAAGGCUUGGAGCUAUGUAAGGUGGCCGGGGUGACAGCAGUGGGAGAAACUCCUGAGAAGAAGCAAAAUGGGAACGCCAGCCGCGAUCGUGGAUCCAAAGUCAAAGCAGAGAGGGUGUCUGCCCAGUGCGUUGUGGCUGACACAAUGAGCUCAGCGAUCGGUGCAGACUCACAGAGGAAGAGGCUCGAGUCCAAACUGACAGGUGAGGGGAGUAGUGGCGUUAGGUCCCAGCCAGCCUCUUCUUGGACUAAUGGCGGCAUGAAAACGUUCCUACAGAGGCAGUCUCCUCAGAAACCAAAACUUCCUGCACAAGCUUCCCCACAGAAACAAUCAACUCUGACCAGUUUCUUUCAGCCAGUCAACAAGAAAAGGCCUUUGGACGAAGAGUUCUCCACUGAAAUGUCAGAGCCAAAGCGGCCUGUACUGGCAUCAUCCGUCAGCAGGGGACAGACACCAAACAUCUCAGCCACAUCUAAAGAAUCAUACUCACGUUCUGACAGACUCCCUGCAGCCACAUCCCAGACUCCACUGGGGUCAGGAGCUGAUCUGUUUACAGCACCAUCAGAAGCUCCGUCACACAGGGUCUCCCACACUGCCCAGGAGGAGCCACGGAGCAGAAAGAGGAAGGAGAUGGAAGCAGAGAUCGAGAUGGAGGAACUGGAGUCCAUUAUGUCUGAAGAUAUGGAUUUCUUUGAUGAGCAUCCCACAGGCAGUCGAGGUCUGCAAGCACAGAGAGUGGUGAAAAGUUCAGCAGAACAAAAACCAGAUUUAGCAGAUGCUUCGUCUUCAAGCAAGAAGCCACGCCUCCACGUAGAGGACAGUGGGACCAACCGAAGGCCACUGGUGGACCCAGAAAAAGAGACAGGUUCCCAUAAGAAGCAUAGCCAGAAAUCUGAACAACAUAUUGUCUCCAUCAAGACAGAGCAGGUUGAUCCUUCAGAAUACAUGACAGCUAAUCGUGAAUCCAGCAAACCUCCAGAUAUGUCAUCUGCCAGCAAAAGUACAAACAUACAGCCUUUUGAAGAUGACGAUGUGUCUUUCAUUGAGGACUUAGAUCUACUCAAAGCAGAUAUUUGCGAGCCUAAAGAAGAGACUAAGACCCCUCUGAAACCUGUUAAGAUCAAACAGGAAGUCCAAGAGUCCAACAUUAAUGAAGAGCUUCCUCAAAAACUGGUGUUGGUGGAGUUUCGAUGUCUCACUGUGAGCGCACCUGCCCAUAACAAACCAAAGGAGAGGUUGAUGUUGGGCAACGGCUGCAUGAAGAACUUCAAAUGUUUCCGCAAGAACCGAGUGCCUGGUGCAGAGGGCUCACUCCACAUCAUUGGAGGGUCUGAUCUGCUGGUUCACAACAGAGGCAAGAACACCGAUCUGGAUGAGUGGCUGAAAGAUGCAGCUGAGGAGGAGCGUCAGAGCAGACGGGACCAGUCCAUAGGAGAUGACCUCUUUAGGUACAACCCCACAAAACUAACCAAGAGAAGAUGAAAUGCCUUCAUCUUGAUAUUCUCCACCAGUGGGGAUUCAUUUCAAAGACACGGGAAGUAUGUCAAACUCCAUCAACACCAUAUGAAAAGGACUCCAGAAAUAACUUCAUAGAUAACUCUUGUUUUCUGUAUCUGAACUAUAAUGCUGAUAGAGACAACAGGGAGUUAAUGAUUCAUAUCUGCUUAAUAAUCAGAAAUGAUUUCCACUGUUA